GGGGCGCGGCGGGUGCCGCCUGCGGGGCGCUCGGGGCGGCAUGGCCGGGUGAGGCGGGCGGGAGGGACGGAGGGAGCCGCCGCUCCCCGGCCCCUCUCGGUGGAGGAAGGAGCGCCUGGAUGAAUGAAUGAAUGAAUGGCGGAGCGCCGCGCCGCAGCAUGAGGCACCGGCCGAGGACCGCGCCCGGGCUCGCCCUGCUCUGCCUCGCCGCCCUCCUGGCUGCCGCCGCCGGGCUGCCCUCCAGCACCGCGCCGCCCUCCGAGACCGGCAGCGGCAGCGGCGGCCCCGCUGAGGGCAGCCCCGGCACCGCCGCGCCGCCGGUCCGGACCCGCGGUACCACCGCGCCCGCCCGGGGCAGCCCGCCGCCGCCGCCGCCGGAGGAGGAGGAGGAGGAGGCGGCGGCGGUAGCGGAGGAGGAGGAGGAGGACGAAGAAGAGGAACAGGAGGAGGCGGCCGCGGGCAGCGGCCCCGCAGGAGACCUGUGCAACUGCAGCGCCGUGGGCAGCGCCAGCGCCGAAUGCAACAGCACCACGGGGCAGUGCCCCUGCCUCGAGGGCUACGCGGGGCUGCGCUGCGAGACCUGUGCCCAGGGCUUCUUCCUGGAUCCGAGGAGCCAGCGGUGCCAUCCCUGCGGAUGCAGCCCCACCGGUUCUCUCAGCGCCCAGUGUGAUGGCUCUGGGAAAUGCCAGUGUAAAGCUGGUGUCACGGGCCUGAAGUGUGACCAGUGCAGUGAUGGAUACUACAGGUUUAAUGAAACGACGUGUGAGCCGUGCCAGUGCAACAACCACUCCAAGACCUGCAACAGCUCCACAGGCAUCUGCCUGCACUGCCAGGGGAACACCGAGGGAAACCACUGUGAGCUCUGCAAGGAGGGAUUCUACAGAAGCACCCAUCCUGCCCACUCCUGCCAUCGCUGCCCGUGCUCCACCGUGGCAUCGACCGGAACCUGCCACAUACAGCCUGGUGAAAGUGCCCCAAGGUGUGACAAGUGCAAAACUGGGUACACAGGCCCGAACUGCAACCGCUGUGACAACGGCUACUACAACUCCGACAGCAUCUGCGUGAGGUGUAAGUGCAACGGGAACGUGGACCCAGUGCAGUCACCCAGCGUGUGCCGGCCGGACAGCGGGGAGUGCAUCGGCUGCCUGUACCACACCGCCGGCUUCCACUGCGAGCGGUGUGAGGAUGGCUACAGCCGAGACCUCGACGGGACCAACUGCACCAAGAAAGAAGCCACUCUUGGGCCAGAAACAGGGGAGUUCACAACUUCAGCUCCAAAUGCCACCAAGGCAACAUCCUUUUCAACUGCAGUGAUAAACAGUACGUUGUCACCCACAACUAUACAGAUGCUAUUUCCCAUGAGUUCCUCUGACAACAGCACUUCUGCUUUUGCAGAUGUGUCCUGGACUCAGUUUAACAUCAUUAUCUUGACAGUUAUCAUCAUUGUUGUGGUCCUACUAAUGGGCUUUGUGGGUGCUGUCUACAUGUACCGUGAGUAUCAGAACAGAAAACUCAACGCUCCUUUUUGGACCAUUGAACUCAAAGAGGACAACAUCAGUUUUAGCAGCUACCACGACAGCAUUCCCAACGCUGACGUUUCGGGGCUGUUGGAAGAUGACGGGAAUGAAGUCGCACCGAAUGGACAGCUAACGCUGACGACUCCCAUGCAUAACUAUAAAGCUUAGAAGCAGCGAUCCAGCUAUUCCAAAGUUGGCUUGGAAAAGUUAUGGGGCUUGUUGAAGGGAUAUCAGGAAUCCGUGCCAAGGCUCCACGCAGAGGAAUUUGCUCUUCAGAUACUCUUUAUGCUGGGUAUGCUGUAGCUUGCAGGUGAACAGAGAAAAGUGUAGUACAUCCGAAUUUCAGGUAAUAUGGUGAAGUGCAUUCAGUGUCCUGUUCUCCAUCAAGAUCCACAGAGUUCACUGUUGUUAAAGGCUUGAUGAUGCUGAUCUGAAAUGUUUUUCUUAUGAAGAAGUGGUGGGGUGGAGAAAGCACUACCCGUGACUCAUCAAAAGCUACUUGACAUCCAGCCAACCUAACACUUCUGUCUUCAUCCUUUAGUUUGAGAAGUAGCUCAUGAAUUAAGAGUGGAUUUUCAGGAAAGGCUUCAUAUUAGUUCCUGAUAUAAAUUUGUUUGAAAAGGAGGACAAAGAGAGAAAGGGAGGUGUUCACUGUACUACCAAAAGGCAAGUAGAGGAGUGAGGUGCACACUUGAAAAAAGUCACCAUUAUCAGUUUCCACUAAGCAGGGGAACAGGGGAAAAAUAAAGAAUUAAAACAUUGGAGUUAGGGAAGAGACAAAGCUUUUCCCUUUCGGAGUAUUUAUACAGGGUGAUGAUGCUAUUAAAACAUAGCAAUCCAUUUUGUUUUUUCUAGAAGGAGUUAAUGAACUUGUAUAGUUUCUGUGCAAGGGAAGACGACAAAGACAUCUCAGGGUUGCCGUGUAAAAAGAAAAGCUAGGCUUAAUACCCUACCCUGAUAGCAAUGGUGUGUUCUGUAUAUAAAAUGUAAUAUAUCUUCUUGGAAUUGUAUUUGUAAUUAUUUGUACAAAAAAGACAACCAACCAACCAAAAAAACACCCCUCCCCCAACAACAAACCCAUGAUCCUCCCCUAUCCCCCAAGUCAUAUUUUAUCCUCUAGAUUUUAACUGUACAGCGGUUAGUGGCGUUGUUUAAAAAGGAAACAAAAACUUGAGGGUUGUUUAAAAUACUGUAAAUUAGAUGGCAAUAUUGUUGGAGCUGGGACUCUGGCAAACACCGACUGCUUAAAGCUUUUCUUCUAGUGUCAUUGACUAACUUUCUUUUGUAGAGAACAUACGAGUGCUCCCUACCUGCAUCUGUUAAAUUUCCCCGUUCCUUUAAAUACAGAGUGAAUACCAGUGUUGCCAUGACUAGGGCCUAGUAAGUGUCCUAAAAUUGGAUGUACCAUUCUGUUACUUGCUUUCAAAUCUCCAUACAAAAUGCAAAUACACUGUCAUGAAUGCACUGAGAGCCUGAUCUCGAUGGCUGAGCUUUUCCCAAGUGGCUGCUCAUGGUGUGAGUGGAUCUCAUUCCCAUCUCUCCUGCACUGACAGUGAAAGGGGAGACAUGUCAGAGGGCUGAAAGCAGCCUCUUGGUGGGCAAAAGCAACAAAAUCUGGAUUUGGGUGGGAAUGGCUUUCAGCUGAAGAGCUUCUAGGCUUAAAAGCUAAAAGUGCAUGGAUGCUUUCUGGAAAUGUAUGUAGCACAAGGUGGUGGUGAUGGGGAAUCAGCUGUGUCCCUGAUUCCCCUGAGUUUUGGGGGAGGCUGGUGGACUCUUAGAGGGAGAACAACUCAUGGGGAGCACAGCACAGGAAGGUCACUCCUCACUUGGUGUCUGCCUCAAGGCAGGCACCGUGCCCUCCCUGUGCUGGCGAGCCACCAGGUCCAGCCCAUGGAAAUCAAUACUAUUACAUUUAAGCAGGGUGUGAAUGAAAUCUCUCACCUAACUCAUGAGGAACCUCAGACCUAAAGCUGCAUUGCUGUGCGUGUUGGUGCUCUGCAGGCGAUCGCUGCUGAGGAUAAAUGAAGUACCUGCUAAAGGUCAGCAGGAGCUGACUGAUGCAUCCUCAGAGCCAGGCGAAAGGAAGUCUUUCUCAAGAUGAGAAAUGGUAGGAAGAAUGUGGUGAUUAUUUAUUUGCUUUCUGGUGCUGCAUGGAGGCUUUUCUUAUCAUUGGAGACUUUUUUGGGGAGGGUGGGAAUAGGGGGGAAUAGGUGCUUUAAACACAUGCACAAACAUGCCAUUUCUGCCUCAAAAACUUGCUUGCCUGGUUUAAAGAUGGGGCACAGCAAGUAAGAAGGGAAAGAGUUGAAGAUGAUCAAGGGCAACUGCAAGGGCAGAAUGUGAUACUGAGCUGAUGGAAAAGCUCCUGUUGCCUGCUAUGGGCCUGGGUGAGGUCCCAGAGUUUAGAUAAUUUGGCUGAUGUCAUUCAGAGCAAUGUUACUUGGAGUUAUGAAACAGGGGAGGAGUGGAGGAGAAAAUCUGGAUGUUGCUAAUCCUCGAGUCACUCAUCAAACUUUGGAAGAGCAGAAAAUUUCCUGAAAGGUGUAAUUCUUUAGCAGUGCUGAUUUAGGGAUACACUUGCACUUGGUCACUUCAUAGGGUGGGGAAAGGUGAUUUAGGAAGUGUUAGCUUCUGGGACUAAUGCUGGCAGGCAAAGUGAAGGAUGGACUGUUCACUUUAAUUUUCCAGAAUGUUUUAGGAGUGCUCUUCAUCUUUGCCAAAAAACACCUCUUCCUCAGAUUUUGGGAUGACCGUUGGCUACUUUGGACCAGGAACAGGCCUUGAGUUUUCUCUCACUGUAGAAAUAACAUUAGCAAAACCAGAGUGUGAGUUCAGAUGCUGAGCCCUCCCAGUCUGUGCCUACCACGGCGCAGGAGGUGUUUGCAUCUGGACUGCUUCUGACCUCCAAAUUACUCUCAACACUUCGGGUUUGAGCAGAGGAGGAGGGCAGGAUGCCUCACAGUCAAUGUGCGAGGGAGGGUGGUACAGCUGUGCUGCUGCAGGUCGCACAUCUGGAUGAAGGGAUGUAGAUGGCCCGCACAGAUGUGAUGGGAAGCUUGGCCAGACAGGGGGGACCUGGCUACCUGGGUUUGGAGAGCAGAGGAAAGCACAGGAUGUUCUUUAGCAGGGACUGGAGCACAGCAAGGAUGUGGCACUGGGACAGUGCCUGUCAGAUGGCACAAUGACUCAGCAGGAAAAUCCCAGUCAUCUCCAGCCAACCAGGCCUUUGGCAUAGUGGAACAGCACUUA